AUGACGAGAAACCCACCUAGCCUUCGCAAGGCGGCUUCAAACGCUGACCUGUACGCGGACCCGUCACCGCCCCGCCCACUCCGACAUUCGUCCUCGACAAUACUUGGACGCGCUCAUACGACUGCAUCGUUGCCACAUCGACAGCGGCUGGACCGAGCUGCAGAAAGAGGAUGGAGGAGUCAGGUUGUUUCUGACUACCGUAACCGUCACAGCAUCGCCGCAACCUACCCCGAUCUCAUUGACGUUGACGACCAAGACUACCCGGCGCCGUCGACACACCAGAACCCGCCGCCGGUACCGCCUAAGAUACCAGAAGUGCCAGUUGAGCAAGCUGAACCGAAGGUUGAGAUGUCCAAGCCGACACCUUCGCACUGCUGGAUUCCCGUUCCCGCUCGAUCGAAGGAGGAUCCAGCACGCUACACGAAGCCCUUUACCGACUACAUGACACGCAACCCCACCAUCUUCCACGCCGUCGAUGCCGUCGCUCAGGACCUCGAGAAGGACGGAUACAAGAAGUUGUCAGAGCGCGAUUCAUGGGAGCUGAAGGCGGGAGGCAAAUACUAUGUCGAGCGAAACGGAAGUUCACUCAUCGCAUUUGCUAUUGGAGACAAGUACGCGUCCGGCAAUGGAGCUGCUAUUCUGGCCGGACAUAUAGACGCCCUCACAGCGAAGCUGAAGCCCAUCUCCAAGCUUCGCAACAAGUCGGGAUAUGUACAGCUAGGUGUCGCGCCUUAUGCUGGCGCGCUAAGUGAUACCUGGUGGGAUCGCGAUCUGGGUAUCGGUGGAAGAGUUCUCGUCAAGGAGAAUGGGAAGAUUGUCACCAAGCUUGUUAAGCUUGACUGGCCGAUCGCAAGAAUCCCAACGCUGGCUCCCCACUUCGGUGCUGCCGCAAAUGGCCCCUUCAACAAGGAAACGCAAAUGGUACCUAUCAUGGGUUUGGAUAACAGCGAUAUCGGUAGCUCAUCAAACAACGAGGAGGGAGACUCGAAAGCCGGUGUAUUGGGCGGAGAGGGCGCCUUCACUGCUACUCAGCCUGAGAGGCUUGUAAAGGUCAUCACAAGCGAACUCGGAAUCACUGACUACUCAUCUAUUGUCAACUGGGAGCUCGAGCUUUUCGACACACAACCCGCACAAACCGGUGGCCUUGACCGCGAGUUCAUCUUUGCUGGCCGAAUCGACGACAAGCUUUGCUCUUGGGCCGCAAUCCAAGCUCUCCUCAACUCCAGCGCAUCUCUUUCAACCUCAUCCCAGAUCCGCAUGGUCGCAGUUUUCGACGACGAAGAAGUCGGCUCGCUACUCCGACAAGGUGCUCACGGCAACUUCCUCCCUAGUGUCAUGGAGCGCAUCGUUGAAGAAUUCGCUUCCAACGGAAAGACAAGCAGCGCAUUGAGCAGGACAUAUGCAAACUCCUUCCUUGUCUCGAGCGACGUCAUCCACGCUGUGAACCCCAACUUCCUCAACGCGUACCUUGAAAACCACUCUCCGCGUCUCAACGUCGGUCCCGCCAUCUCUGCGGAUUCAAAUGCACACAUGACGACUGACGCCGUCUCUACUGCUAUCUUGCAGCGCUGCGUAGACCGCGAUAUCGGCGUUCGCAAAGUCGACCCUAAACUCCAGGUCUUCCAGAUUCGGAAUGACAGUAGGAGUGGAGGUACAGUAGGACCGAUGCUGAGCUCUGCGACGGGUAUUAGGGCAGUAGACUGCGGAAUCCCGCAGUUAAGUAUGCACUCCAUCAGGGCAACUACAGGAAGUCUGGAUCCUGGUCUUGGUGUAUUUGCCUUCCAGAGUUUCUUGGAAAACUUUGAGUCUGUCGAUAAGGAAUUCAGGGAAUAG